AGAAACAAAAAACCAAUUGCCAGAUGAACUAGUUUUUUAUUUAGUUAAAAACAUUUGUGUGAAAAGCAGAAUUUAACAGUGCCGAGUGAAAUACGUCCCGAGGCGACGUGCAACGCACACAAUCAAAUAUCUCACAUACACAUGUAAAACAGCGUACGCCGUGAGUUGAAGAAGUGUGUAGGUUGGUUGAAAAGAAAGCACACACACAUAUAUAUAUAUAUAUACAAUUAUAUGCGCAAAUCUGCCAGUUGGUCUUGCGGCUGUCCAUCACCCCCCCUAGCCCAAAACCCCAUCAAUCUGACAAACAGGCAGCGAGCGUGCGGACCACGAGCCCCAGGCACAAAAAAUUGUUAAAUACAACAGAUUGAAAUUUCGAUAAGCAGCAAAAAGAGAAACAGAACACCUUUUCGGUCGAACAACUGCAACGGCGCAAGGGCUCUCUCUCCAAGGACAGGACCCCAGCGACACACAAAGUCGAGCCCGAAGGGGCAUACCCAAGCAGCAGCGCAAACUCGAAAAGCAUAAGGGGACAAAAGAGGAGAAAUAGUGAUACCGUCGAAACCGAGAGGCGACACCGCCUGUUUCCAGCACCAUUCAAGUCCCGAAUAAGAUGGAAAUUGAAACAGAACAAACCAUCGAAGCAAUGGACACCCAGGAUACCCAAGAGGUCGAGAUAAUCACUAGCGAUCUUCACCAGCAGCAACAACAACAGCAACAACAGCAGCAGCAGCUCCAGAAUCAAAACCAACAGCAGAAUUCGCCCCCACAGCUGCCCAAAUUCAAAAAUCUGAUACACCCACAAUUGCACGCGGUCGGUGGAGUCACCCAGCUGCCCAACGAGAACGGCAACGUGCCGCCACAACAGCUGCUGGCCGACAGCAGCUCCUCAUCGUUUACCACAAUGGACACAAUGACGUUGGACGACGAGAACAAGGAGGAUCAGUUCCGUUCGGAGACCACAUUCUCCUAUACGGUGGAUAAUGUGGGACAAUUGAAAUCACAGCGUCUGUCACCGCCAGUGUACGUACGGAUGCUGCCAUGGAAGAUUAUGGUCAUACCGAACGACCGCGCAUUGGGCUUCUUUCUGCAGUGCAACGGGGAGAAUGAUUCGCCCACCUGGUCGUGCAAUGCCAUUGCCGAAUUGCGUCUCAAGUGCCACAAGGCCGAGUCUCAGCCUUUCACGCGGGCCCGCAUCAAGCAUUUGUUCUACUCGAAGGAGAACGACUAUGGGUAUUCGAACUUUAUCACUUGGCAGGAGCUGCAGGAUUCGGAGAAGAGCUAUAUACACAACAACAGCAUCACCUUGGAGGUGCAUGUCAUAGCCGAUGCCCCGCAUGGCGUUCUCUGGGAUUCGAAGAAGCACACCGGCUAUGUGGGCCUCAAGAAUCAGGGGGCCACCUGCUACAUGAACUCCCUGCUGCAGACGCUCUACUUUACCAAUUCGCUGCGCCUGGCCGUCUAUCGCAUACCCACAGAGGCCGACGAUAGCACCAAAUCGGUGGGCCUCUCCCUGCAGCGUGUAUUCCACGAGCUGCAGUUCGGCGAUCGUCCGGUGGGCACCAAGAAGCUAACCAAAUCCUUUGGCUGGGAGACACUCGACUCUUUCAUGCAGCACGAUGUCCAGGAGUUCCUACGCGUUCUGCUCGACAAGCUCGAGUCGAAAAUGAAGGGCACCUGCCUCGAGGGGACCAUACCGGGGCUCUUUGAGGGGAAAAUGUCAUCAUAUAUCAAAUGCAAGAAUGUGGACUAUAACAGCACACGCUAUGAGACCUUCUACGAUAUCCAGCUAAAUAUCAAAGACAAAAAGAACAUUUACGAAUCAUUUCAGGACUAUGUCGCCUCCGAAACCCUCGAGGGUGACAACAAAUACGAUGCUGGCGUCCAUGGCUUACAGGAGGCCAGCAAGGGCGUCAUCUUCACGUCAUUCCCGCCCGUUCUGCACUUGCAUUUGAUGCGUUUCCAAUACGAUCCCAUUACGGACAGCUCGAUCAAGUACAACGAUCGUUUCGAGUUCUACGAACAAAUCAAUCUCGAUCAAUAUCUGGCCGAGGGCGAGAAGACAUCAGCGGACUAUGUCCUUCAUGCCGUGCUGGUGCAUUCGGGCGACAAUCAUGGCGGACACUAUGUGGUCUUUAUCAAUCCAAAGGCCGAUGGGCGCUGGUUCAAGUUUGAUGACGAUGUGGUCUCCAGUUGCCGCAAACAGGAGGCCAUUGAGCUGAAUUAUGGCGGCAUGGAUGAUGAGAUCUCGUUCCAUGCCAAAUGCAGCAAUGCUUAUAUGCUGGUGUACAUCAGGCAAUCGGAACUGGAUCGUGUCCUUGGCGAUAUACCUGAGAGUGAGAUAUCCAGUGAUCUGGUGGAGCGUCUCGAUCUGGAGAAGCGCAUCGAGAUGGCGCGUCGCAAGGAGCGCAGCGAGGCCAAUCUGUAUGUGUCGGUGCAUGUCAUACUCGAGGAGUACUUUGAGAGUCAACAGAAGCGUCGUCUCUUCGACUUGGAGAAGACCCAUCAGCGUCCGUUUAAGCUCAAGCAGACCCAGACCGUCGACGAACUGGUCGAAAUGUUCGUCAAGGGCUUUGGCGUCUCGCGCAGUCGCAUGCGCAUUUGGAACAUGUGCACCGCCCAGACGCAAAAGUUUCUCUAUUUCGACUUUGAGGCUGAGGCAUCGCGCUCCAUUGAACAGAUACCCACAUCACAGAAGCCAUGGGUGAUCUUCCUCGAGCUUGCCUCCCCGAACACCAGCGAACCGCUGGCGCCCUUCAAUCCCAAGUCAGACGUGCUGCUCUUCCUCAAGUAUUACGAUGCCAAGAACAAGCGUCUCAAUUAUAUUGGAUGUACACAGCAGCCGCAGAGCCGACGCCUCAUCGAUCUGUGUCCGGAGGUUAACCGCAAGCUGGGCUUCGACCUGGACACCGAGCUGACCGUCUUUGAUGAGUAUGGCGACAAGAAGAUCGCCAAUCUGAAUGAUCCCAUCGAGAGUGUGCUCUAUCUGCCGCAAGACAAUCUACAGGGGCAGAUACUCAUCUUUGAGCGUGAGAUUAUUGACAUGAAACUGGAUCUGCCAACGGUGGAGGACUACUUUCUGGAUCUGGUCUAUCGCAUUGAGAUUAUAUUCAGCGACAAGUGUAAUCCCAAUGAACCGGACUUUGUCUUGGAAUUGUCGAAUCGUUAUAAUUACGAUCAGCUAACCAAUGCGGUGGCCGAGCGCCUCAAUACGGAUCCGCAGAAGUUGCAGUUCUUUAUGUGCAUCAACAGCUACAAGGAGACGGCGGGCAAUGCUGUGCCCUAUACAUUCAAGGGAACGGUCAAGGAUCUGGUCUCGUACACCAAGCAGAGCACACCGAAGCGCAUCUAUUAUCAGCGUCUUUCGUUGAGCAUCCAUGAGCUGGACAACAAGAAGCAAUUCAAGUGCAUUUGGGUGUCCAACGAUCUGAAGGAGGAGAAGGAGCUUGUACUCUAUCCAAACAAGAAUGACAACGUUAAGGGGCUGCUGGAGGAGGCGGCCAAGAAGAUAACCUUCCUGGAGAAUAGCCGCAAGAAGCUGCGGCUGAUGAAGGUUAGCAAUCAUAAGAUUGUGGCCCACUGCAAGGACGAUACACCGCUGGAUACGCUGCUCAAGGCGAAUGACUCGUCGAUCACCACCACACAGAGUGCACAGAAAAUUUAUCGCAUCGAGGAGGUGCCCGCGGAUGAGAUGCAGCUGGUCGAGAAUGAAUAUCUCUUGCCGGUUGCUCAUUUCAGCAAGGAGUUGUACAACUCGUUUGGCGUACCCUUCUUCACCAAGGCGCGUCACGGGGAGUCCUAUGGGGCCCUCAAGCAGCGCAUCCAGAAGCGUCUGAAUGUCCCGGACAAGGAGUGGGAGAACUACAAGUUCACCGUGAUCAAUACGGGCCUGACCACCGAGGUGAACGACAACGAUGUCAUCAAUUUGGAGAAUUUCCGCACCUCGAAUAGCGGACAGUUGCCCUUCCUUGGCCUCGAUCACAUUAACAAGUCACGCAAGCGCAGUUCGCUGAAUUUCUCCGAAAAGGCGAUCAAAAUUUACAAUUAAUGUGAACACACAAACACAAAAAAGGGGACAAAGGAGUAGACGGAUGAUGGUUCUGCGAGUGUAUGCGACUGGAGGCGACUGGUGGCGACUGGUGGCGAGCGGGGCUGGAAAGAAAAUUCGACGAGACAGAAAGCUGAGAGGACAUCCAUCGAUCGCACCGCAACGUUUCCCGAGAAUAGAAAUUUUAAGCAAAGCUAGAAUCCAGCUCGAAGCCACAAGUGUCCCAAAAAUUGUAUGCCCCUUAAAAGCAGGCACCCUUAACCCUCCUCCUCCUGAACCCAAAGUAGAAAUUGACGUGGAUUUUUUUAAAUAAUAUUAUAUCUAAGUCAUAAAAUUUAUUUAUUAAUCGUCUCCGGUCAAUUUUUAAAUAUGUUUGUGCGGCCAGUCCUACCCCAGAGCAUGUCGGUCUCCGCCCCGAUCCGGCCCCAGCCCAGGCAACGGCACGAAGUUCAUGAGGAAAAAAGGUUUAUAAAUUUACUGACUUAUUGCGCUUGCAUUAGUGACUUCAAAAUCUAGGCUAAGGCUUUCAAAGAAUGUUUAUUAUUAUUAUUUUUUUUUUUUUCCUAAAUACGAUAUUCCUAACGGCGGUAAUUUAAUUUCAAACUGGAUUGAAUCGAAUCAAAAUUGGAGUCUCGUAUCCGAUUGAUUCAUUUGAAAUGCCGGCAUACCUUGGUAAAUUGUAAAUAUAAGUGUUUUCUUGUGCGUUUCGUUUUCCGCCUCCCGGGGAACACAGGCAGGAAAACAGCAAAAGAAAAUGAAUGAACACGCACGCACCUCACAAAGAAGAGAUGAACGCGAAGAGAAGUGAAACAACAAAAGAUACAGAUAUACAUAUAUAAGCAGUGAGAGCAACAGUGCUGGUAAGCGGCGAAAAGAGUCGCUGGUGGCACGAGAGAGAGCGAGACAGCGAUAGGUAGAGUUAGAUUCCAACUAACGGUAAACAACAACAACAGCAGCAACAAAAAACACUUGCGAAAUGGAACGGGACAGAUGGAUAAGCGAAGAGCAGAGAGAAUAGAGAGAAGAGGGGCAUAUAAGAUUUGUUUCAAACAAUUAUUUGUGAUUUUAAAACAUGAAAUGAUAAAAGUGUAUUCAAAGGACUAGACAACAUAAUAAUCUUAAAUUAAUAAAAACAACAAACAAACAAAAAGCAUACGUAUGUACCAUAAUAUAA